AUGUCUUCCGCAACUUCUUCACCGAUUCAGCACGAUCUUCACAGCGAUGGCGACGAGCAAUCGCCUCCUACUCUGGAAGUUCAAAUGCGUUCUUACAUCCGUCUGAUUUCCGGCGAUUUAAACCAAAUCGUCCUCGAAACUGCUCCGAUUCCUCUGCGGAACAGUCUGUUUCCUCUGCCUCCGAACGCGCGGAAUAUCGAUCCAGUGUUCUUACAGAUCUACAUUGCGGAUAUACUUUUAUCGCUCAACGUCGGCGCCGUCGCUUCCGAAAUCAUCUCUGCACAGAUCGCGUCGUUCACUCUCCAACUGGCGGAAGAACACAAUGAUACGAAUGUUCACGUCGUCGCCGUGGUGGAUAACGUCAUGGAGUCCAGGUUUUGGAGGUUGCAAGCGGUGCCGGUGGAGCAGGGAGGGAGUGCGGCGGUGGAGAGGAGGGAGGUUGUGGAGGAAGUAGCGGCGGCGAAUGGGAGGUAUAGAAUGGAGAAAGUGGAGGCGGAGGAGGAGGAAGAAGAUUUGGGAAAUUGCAGUAUCUGUUUGGAUGAGAUGAAGUGCGAAGGGAGCGAGGUGAUAAGAACUCCGUGCGGACAUGUGUAUCACGAAUCAUGCAUCUUCAGGUGGCUUGAUAAUUCCGAUUCUUGCCCCUUGUGUCGAACCAAAUUCCCAUUGAUGGAGGAUUGA